GUUGCACCCAUUAUCCGCAAAUGUUAGACGCCUCCAUCGCCUGAACAAUACACUUUUGGGCGUGUCCAUCUCCGCCGGCUUCAUUCUGUCGGCCGGGAUCGUCCUUCGUAUGUCUCUUGUAGCUGGACCUGGGGUCGGAGGGAAUCAUGCGUCAAAAGAUGGCUCGCCAACAGAGCUUAGCCUGGUCGUUGAAAAGCAUGUCAAAUAUAUCCAAAGCUUGGACACUGUGCGUCUAUGUGAGUGACUUUGAGCCGCCAGGAAUCUGAUAUCUCGCCAGCGAAAAGAUGAGCUCGACUAUUGGUUGACUGAGCACUUGAGACUCAAUGGAGUUUAUUGGGGUCUAACGGCCCUUCACCUUCUUCGCCAUCCAGAUGCACUUCCUCGUGACAAGACCGUCGAAUUUGUUUUCGCUUGUCAAAAUGACGACGGAGGGUUCGGUGCUGCUCCUGGUCACGACUCGCAUAUGUUGUACACUGUGAGCGCCGUCCAGAUCCUUGCUACGAUUAAUGCGUUAUCGGAGCUGGACAAGACAGAAAGGGGAGGCAGGGAGCGUGUUGCGAAUUAUAUUGCAAACCUCCAAAAUCCGAAGACUGGUACAUUUGCCGGAGACGAAUGGGGCGAAACCGACACCCGUUUCCUUUUCACAGCUUUCCUCGGUCUUUCCAUCCUCAAUAUGAUGCACCUGGUCGACGUCGAAAAGGCCAUAUCGCACAUUCAGGCUUGUGCGAACUUUGACGGCGGCUUUGGAGUCUCUCCCGGAGCCGAAUCUCAUGCUGGGCAGAUAUACACCUGUGUUGGUGCUCUCACCAUUGCCCGGCGACUCGAUUUGGUUGACGUUGACCGAUUGGCUGCAUGGUUGAGUGAAAGGCAACUGCCACAUGGUGGGCUGAACGGUCGACCUGAGAAACUGGAAGAUGUCUGUUACAGCUGGUGGGUUCUCAGUAGUCUCGCUAUGCUGGGAAAGUUACAUUGGGUUGAUGCGUCUGCACUGAUCAAAUUCAUCUUGAGGUGUCAAGACCCUCAAGAAGGCGGGUUCUCUGACCGACCAGGCGACAUGGUCGAUGUCUUUCAUACUCUGUUCGGAAUUGCAGGUUUGAGUCUGCUCAAGUAUCCUGGCUUGGUGCAGGUUGAUCCCACCUAUUGCAUGCCUAGAGAUGUGGUGAAAGCGUUACCAUAUUACCGACCUUGAAUGCAAAAGUAUACCUCUUGCAGUCUAAUAACCCACUUGAAGUAAUGCUUGAGAGAUGGGAUACAAGGCAAGAGAAGAAAGAAGAACCACCAUGAACUAUAUCUGCUUCAUCACUCUGCACUCCUCGCCCUUGGGGAACAUAGGCAUGGUGGUACACCACGAAAAUCAACCAAGGUUUAUGCUGCAAUUUUGGCCUCUAGACCUGUUAUCUUGUAAGAUCUUACGCAGUAAUUCUCAACGUCUGUUUUCAGCAUGCUAAGACAAUAGCUGCUGACAAUUGAGGGGCUCCUUCCUGG